UGUCGGGGCGCGCGCGUGCGCGGGAGCGGCGCCGCGAUGGCGGCGCUGCUGGAGCACGAGAGCCAGAUCUUCCUGGAGCUGUUCCAGCGCGACGGGCUCGUCGUGUGCGCCCGCGGGCUCGGCAUCGACCGCCUGCUGCUGCGCUUCCUGCGCCUCUACUGCGAGCCCGCCAGCCUCGUGCUCGUGCUCAACACCAGCCCCGCCGAGGAGGAGUAUUUUAUUGAUCAGCUGAGGUCAGAUGGAGUUGUUCAUCUCCCUCGACGUGUUACCAAUGAAAUUGCAAAUAACACUCGAUAUGAAUUUUAUACACAAGGAGGAGUCAUCUUUGCAACAAGUCGGAUCCUUGUGGUAGAUUUCCUUACUGACAGAAUUCCUGCCAAUCUCAUUACUGGCUUUUUGGUGUACAAAGCACACAAAAUCAUUGAAUCCUGUCAGGAAGCGUUCAUCUUGCGACUUUAUCGCCAGAAGAACAAGCAAGGCUUCAUUAAAGCUUUUACAGAUAAUGCAGUUGCAUUUAACACUGGUUUCUGUCAUGUGGAAAGAGUGAUGAAAAAUCUUUUUGUUGGGAAGCUUUAUCUGUGGCCAAGAUUUCAUAUAGCAGUGCACUCGUUUUUAGAGAAGCAUAAACCUGAAGUGGUGGAAAUACACGUGGCAAUGACCCCUGCUAUGCUUGCUAUCCAGACUGCAAUCCUGGACAUUCUGAAUGCAUGUCUGAAGGAGCUCAAACGUUACAACCCAGUUCUUGAAGUAGAAGAUCUAUCUUUAGAGAAUGCUAUUGCUAAACCUUUUGACAAGACAAUACGUCACUAUUUAGAUCCUCUCUGGCAUCAGCUUGGAGCUAAGACAAAGUCUUUGGUCCAGGAUUUGAAGGUCCUACGUACUUUGCUACUGUAUCUAACCCAGUAUGAUUGUGUCACUUUCCUUAAUCUCCUGGAGUCACUGAAAGCAAGUGAAAAAGCUUUUGGUGAGAAUUCAGGCUGGCUGUUCCUUGACUCCAGUACUUCAAUGUUUGUGAAUGCCCGAGCUCGAGUUUAUCGCAUUGCAGAUGAGAAACUGAAUCAGAAAGGCAAAGGCUCAGGCUCUGAAAAACGUGAUGUAAAGAAGGAAAAUGAACUGAAAAGGGAAUUGGUUCUGGAAAGUAACCCAAAAUGGGAAGCUUUGAGAGAAGUACUGAAAGAGAUUGAAAAUGAGAAUAAGAACAGUGACAGCCUUGGUGGUCCAGGGCAGGUGCUCAUUUGUGCCAGUGAUGACCGAGCCUGUGCACAGCUCAGGGAGUAUAUUAUUGCUGGAGCAGAAGCUUUUUUAACAAGACUAUAUAACAAAACCUUCGGAAAGGAUGAGAAAGCUGGAGAAGUGUGGAUUAAGGACAGAAACACCAUCAAUUCCAAAGGAAAUGCCAAACCAGACACAGGGCCUCAAGCAAAAAAAGCCAAACUGACAGCUUCAAAACAAAAUAAACAGAAGAAGCAGCAAGACCGGACUCUAAUCCAAAUGAUAGGGAAAACUGAGGAGGAAAAGAGAGAAGAGGUUGAGGUGGAAGACAACAAAGAAUUAAGUGGUAGCCAAGAAGGCAACACUGAAGAGACUGUUCCUGAAGAUUUUGAUUUGAAUUUGCCCUCAGAUUGUUACUAUGGGAUUUUCAAGGACCCACUGACAAUUAUCCACCCGCUGCAGGGGUGUGGGGAUCCCUACGCGCUCACUCGGGUGCUGCAGGAAGUAGAACCCAGAUAUGUUGUGUUGUAUGAUGCAGAACUCACUUUUGUUCGGCAGCUGGAAAUCUACAAGGCAAGCAGGCCUGGGAAGCCUUUGAGAGUUUAUUUCCUCAUAUAUGGGGGCUCCACGGAAGAGCAGCGCUACCUCACAGCUCUGAGGAAGGAGAAGGAGGCCUUCGAAAAACUCAUUCGAGAGAAGGCUAGCAUGGUUGUUCCUGAAGAAAGAGAAGGAAGAGAUGAAACAAACUUAGACCUCCUCAGAGAUGCUAGACCUGCUUCUGUCUCUGCUGACACACGCAAAGCAGGUGGACAGGAACAGAAGGGUGUUCAGCAAACCAUAAUCGUGGAUAUGCGGGAAUUCCGUAGUGAGCUUCCAUCAUUGAUCCAUCGCCGUGGGAUCGACAUUGAGCCCGUGACUCUGGAAGUUGGGGAUUAUAUUCUAACCCCUGACAUCUGCGUGGAGCGGAAGAGCAUCAGCGAUCUGAUAGGCUCCUUAAACAAUGGCAGGCUGUACACACAGUGCGUGUCCAUGUGCCGCUACUACAAGCGCCCGGUUCUCCUCAUUGAAUUUGAUCCUAACAAGCCCUUCUCCUUGAUCCCACGAGGCUCUUUACAGCCAGAAAUUUCCAGCAAUGAUGUUACCUCUAAACUAACCCUUCUCACACUGCACUUCCCAAAGUUACGAAUCCUGUGGUGUCCCUCUCCCCACGCUACUGCUGAACUCUUUGAAGAGUUGAAACAAAACCGUCCCCAACCCGACGCAGAAACAGCGAUGGCUGUCACCGCAGAUUCCGAAAUUCUCCCCGAAUCAGACAAGUACAACCCUGGGCCUCAGGACUUCCUGCUAAAAAUGCCAGGGGUUAAUGCAAAGAACUGCCGUGCCUUAAUGACCCACGUUAAAAGCAUUGCAGAGCUGGUGACACUGUCCAAGGAUGAGCUAUCCAAAAUUUUGGGUAAUGCUGCCAGUGCCACACAAUUCUUUGACUUUAUUCACCUGACCUAUGCAGAGGCACUAGCCAAAGGAAAAAGCAAAAAAUGACUCACAAGAUUGUUCAACACAUAGCACAGAUAAGCUUUUCUGGCACGGUACUUUGACAAAUACAUGAAUUAAAUGCCCCCUCUAAGAUAACCAGCUGUUUCUUGCUAAUGCUAUUCCAUCAGUUUUAAUAUGUGAGUUAAUUAUUACUGAAGGCAAGUUUCAAGAGGAAAAAAUACUUUUAACAGAGAAAUGUGAAUUAUUUUUAAAGCACUUUAACUCUAUAAUGCCACUGAAUUAACUAGAUGAAGUUUUUCACCAAGACCAUAAGACUUAAGUGCUAAGACUAACUGAUAAAGGUGUUUUUUUGUGAAAGUUAUGAUGUCUUGUUCAAGCUAAAAAUGUGCUGUGUUUUGAUUAGUCUGUGUGACCUGCUAAAUGAUAAAAUGCUUUUGCAAUAUUUAAUGUCUCUCUCUCUGGCAACUGCCAGUUUUUGAUUGACAGUGAUGGAGCUAUUUGAAACACAUUGUGGUCUUUGCUCAGGAGUUUGUAUAGAAUAUAUUGGGACUGAAUCCUGAAUUUUAGGACAUGACCAUAAGCCUUUGUCGCAGUAAAAUCCAUUUGUAUAUUAUGCUCUACAUUUUGUUUGCUUACCUUACUACUAGUUACACUUUUUACCUUUCCAAAGCUGGUACAGCUGUCUUGCUGGAUUUUGCAAAGUGCUUUGCUUUGGCUUAACUGGGUAGAGAUUCUUUGGUGCCACAGUGCAACUUAAUUUUGAGUGUGCCUUACUUAUACAUUUAAGAGGCUUUGUUUUUUACUCAGUUUUGAUAGCUCUUUCACCUCUUUCAAUUGAAAGUGAAAAAUCUGGGUAUACCAUUGGCACUGUUCCUUUAUACUAGAGAAUAUUUCCUCUUGUAAAAUGCAGUCAUUUUCUAAGCAAGGUUUUCCAAAAGUGUUUAAAGUCCUUCCAAUAUUGGCUUCUUUUGUGUCAUAUUGCUCUUGUCUUUUUAUGUCCCAAAUCAACUGUCUGUUAAUAAACUCAGUAAAGCCAUUGUCACAUAGAAGAUAAUACUUUUAGCAUUUUAUCUAGCAUAAAAGAGGGAAAGGUUUGUGAAUAUAUGCAUUGUUAAAUUAUAUAUUCAACAUUGAACUUUGAUACAACUGUGUUAACAAGCUGCCAUUAUCAAAAGGGUAGGUCCCGUGUUAUUCCAUGCUAAUGUAUUUACAUUUGCUAUUUACAAAACCUUUAUCUAUGACUUGCACAUGUAUUUAUACAAUUAUAAUGGGAACAACAGACCAAUAUUAUCUCCUUCAUGAAAGGAGAAAAUAUUUUUUGAGUUCAGGUUUGGUAAAAACUGUACUGUGCACUCUCAAGUAAAAUGUUUAUUGUGCAUUUUAAGUGUGAAUUAUGAUUAAUUAUGAAAUUAUUAACUUUAAUCUGUGGUUGAGCUGUGACAAAUUUCCAAAGGAACAUUUUUCAGCAGAUGCAGUUUUUACUAUUAAAUAAACCCAUAAUAAUAUUAAAAUUUGUUCAUUAUCUUGUUUUUCAUUUGGCUGUAUUGAUAUCAAAAUAUUUUUAUUUUUAGUGUGUGGUUUACAGUCGAGAUCUUAGGGUUUUUUGUUGCCCAAGAUUCUAAUAUAUUUAAUAUGAGAAGUCUUUCCAUGUGACUUUUGCUUAUUCAGACUAAUUGUCAGAUCUGCAGAGGGUUGAGAAUGCCUGUAAAGUGGUGCUAAGUGAACUGGAAAUCAGAGUAAGAUCAAAGUAUCCUGCGUGCAUGGCCUGUAGAGCCUGAUUCAGAAAGGGCAGCUGGCCAGCCUUUGAGAACAAACAUUGCUUGUGCAAUGGGCAUUAAGGUGCUCCAUGAACUGUGGGUUUGGGGUUUUUCACAGAUGCUGCUUAGCUCUGUCAGUGAGGUUUGGAGUUUUUGCAUUGAUGUGUAUGGGGUGAAAAUGAAGGGUAUAGUAAUGGGUGAUAAAGUUGUAGCUUUGUGUUGUAUGCUAGAUCAAAGGUAUGCAAUCUGCAAUUAAAUAAUUGUGUAAUAUAUGCAAUUAAAUAAUUAUUUGCUAGCUAUUUUAAUGAAA